AUGAACAACUUCGUGCGCAAGUAUGCACUUAUGUUCAUUUUCUCGGGUUCGUUGGCAAAGAUCCAACUCGAUCCUGGAUGCGCAGUAGAUAUCCCCGGGUUCUGCUACAGUUACUCCUUCGCUCCAAACCCCGAUUUCACGCAAAUGUUCCCAUCCCAAGCAGAAAUCCUACAGUAUUUGUCGAUAGUUGCCAAACGGUACCGCGUGGACCAGCAUUUCAGGGGAGGUGUGGAAUGGAUCGGGGCAACUUGGCAGGAGGACACACAUACUUGGAUCGUCACGUUGAAAGAUAUACAACAAGGGCGGGUUUUCACUCAGGAGUGCCAGGUGCUCAUCUCUGCUGUCGGAGGCCUGGUCAAUCCGCAAGAAACCAGCAUUGCCGGCGCUGAACGCUUCCGCGGAGAGAUUAUUCACACGGCCAGAUGGAAAAGCAGCAUUGAUCUAAAAAACAAGCACGUAGCUGUUAUUGGCAACGGGGCAUCUGCCUCGCAAGUAAUACCAGCUAUCAUUGGCGAAACUUCAUCAGUCACACAAUUCAUGCGGUCACCCCAUCAUAUUGUCGAGGCAAGCAAUCACCAAAUCUCCCUAGAGUGGAGGAGCCUUUUUCGUCGGAUCCCUAUCUUCCUCUAUCUUAUUCGCCUAUUUCUCUUCCUCUAUAUGGAGGUUACAUGGUUUCUCUUCCAGAACAACCGCCUAGCGAAGAUUGGCAGAAACUCCGUCGAGAAUAGUAGCCGUAAGAAUAGCAUGCGCUUGACUGCUGAUCCCAUUGCGGAAAUCAAGUCGAAGUCAAUAGUUACUUGUUCUGGUGAAGAAGUGUAUGCCGAUGUGAUAUUGCUCGCCACUGGUUUCGCUCUCACCCACUAUGAUGUGGAUUUACGAGGCCGAAACGGAAAGACGCGCAAGGAGCAUUGGAAUGAGUACGGCCACAAGGCCACUUACAAAUCUGUUGCUAUGCAUGGAUUUCCCAACUUCUUUUACAUCCUGGGGCCCAAUUCGGGUCGGCUGCACACGUCCACUAUUCAGAUCAUUGAAAGAAGGAGACAGCGAGGUGCACAUGGUGAUGCAAACUAUCAGACCCAUCCUCCUCCACCAAGCCUCUUCAGUGGAAGUUAA